AGGUUAAAAGUGUUAGUGAAAAAACUUCAAGGUUUAAAAUGCUAGUAAGUGACACUUUCAAGGUUUUUUAUGCGAUUUUCCCAUUGAAAAUAUGUGCUAGACGCUAUUACUUUAGGCUAUAAUUUAUUAGUACUGAAUUUAAAUGUGUUCAGUCAAGUUGACUUGUUUAUAUCUUUAAUUCUAAUGGGUUACGAAAAUGAUUGAACAACGUACCUGCUACCAGAACGGAUUAAGACAGUUUUAACACAAAUGUGAUACUUAAGACAUACUACAUUCGUUUCGUAAAGAUAGAUUUUAUAAUAUUUUUGUACAUAUUAAGAAAAUACUUUAAAUCACUAUAAUAAAUACUAUAAUAAAUGCAUUGUUUUAUGUAAUUUUUAAGUUUUAAUAACUUUUAACCAAUAGUAAUUUAAUUAAUUUAAUUAAUUUUAUUAAAGUUUACAAUUUUAUCUUUGUAAAACAUUUUUUUAUAAACGGAAGGAAUAGUCGACCAGUCUAAUGUCUUCCCGUGACAUAUAUCGUAUGUUAAGAGUUAAUAUAUGCGGAAUAUGCUUACCUCUCUCUCUCUCUAGUGAUGAAAUAAACAAGAGUAAGAAUGAUUGUGUCCGACACAAUGCCGCGAUAUUCUCAAUUUUUCUUGAUGCUCUAUGCUAACUUAAAACUUUGUGCUUUUGUUAUUUAUGUUUUUAAUACCCUAUAUACAACGGAAAUUUUCGCUUAAAAUUAUGAUACCCUAUCGAUUUCUUUGCUUAUGCUCCAAAAUCCGACAUCUUGUUAUUAGGUUGGUCAAAUAUUCAAUAAUAAAAUAUCGAACCUUUGUAUAUUGUGGAAAGCUGAUGAACGUUUGGAUAUGAAAUAAAGAGUUGCUAAAAUUAUUAGUAAUCAAGAAUUAGAACAAAACUAUAUCAUAUCAAUAAGUCAUAAAACUAUAUUUUCGUGAAACAGUUAAAGCCUGUCCCUGCCGGUUGCCAGUAGAGCUGUUACAAAAUGGAACAGCUUUAUGACUUAUUGAUAUAAUAUUUCCUCCGUUUCAAAAAGAUGUAUUAUAUUUUAGGUUUUUACAUUUAUUAAAAAAUAUACCAGAUUUUAAUUAUUUAUGCAUCUUUAUCAACUAUUCUUCACAACUUUGAACCAAUAAAAUCUUUAUAAACACUAUUAUAUUUUUUAAGUUUAUAAUUUGUAAUUAAUUUAUGUAUUGAUAAUGUAAAAUAUAUAUCUUUUUGAAACAAUUUUUUUCUCUAAAAUAUAGAUUUUUUUUUAAACUGAGAGAGUAAUGAACUUUCAAGUGUGGCAAAUCUUUAGCGUAUGAUUAGCACUAAUUUUGCAGUAAAUGUGACGAAUAACAUAUGGUCUCUUUAGCUGCUACCAAACAGGUAUUUAGUAUGAUUGACACUAAAUUUAGCAGUAAAUAUUACGAAUAUGGUAUCUUCAGCUGCUACUAAACAGAUAGUUAGUAGACAUUAUUAGAGAAACAUUAAUAAAAAAUAGUUACCUACUCAGAGGGUAUUAACAAUUCACGUCGCGGAAUGUCAAAUCGUGACACAAUUUCUCGCUCGUGACCGGUCCCGCAUUGACACCAUUCGAAUGUACUUCCUUUAAACUCUGGCAAUUCUAAACUAUAAAAAAACUUAAUUUUUGAGCAUAUAAUGAAAUCUUUGUAACAAAUACAUUUGCGUUCUUGCAAAACAGUUAAAUUCAUUAUUUUUUAUCUUGGAAAACUACUCUUGUACCAACAACAAAGUACUCCAAGAACAUCAAUGACAUUCCAACCAUAACUCUGGGCCAAAUAUAUUGUCUUGCUUCUUCUGUAGAUAUGAAUAUAAUUUUACAUGUUAUAUACACAUUGUCAUGUUUGAUCUAUAAAACCUGAUCACAUGCAGCAUGUUGGACCAAAAUUAGAAAUUUGGUUUUAAUAUUCUUUGUUUAUAAAGAUACAGAUGGGGGUGCCUCGUUUAAGUUAGAACUCAUUUAUUGAUUGUUAUAUAUAAUCAUGUACAGAAAAUUUAUAUGAUAACAGAGAAUCGGAUUAAAUGAACGAGAGAGUAGACUCAAGUCACUCGACAUAGCUCCCCAUGUGCAUGUAUACAUGUAAAUGUACAAACAACGGCAUGUAUAUAGUAAGUUAUUAAAGUCAUAACCAGAAACCCCCAAAACAAUAAAAGAUUAAUAAUAUUAUUUUUUGUUUUGAUACGUAUAUUUACUCGAAUACGAUGGUAUGGACAAGUAUUGUAUAUAUGGCGACGGCACACCAAGGAGUGGUAGGUAUCUUUGAAUAAUUACUAUACGUAUGUAUAAUGCAUAUGGUCAAGCAUCCAGUGGCGGACCCAGAAAUGUUUUUAACCUGUGUCAUUAUAUAAUUGAAAAUAUAAUAUUUUAAAAGUUUAAUAAAAUAAAAAAAAUUACAAAACAAUCCUACGAUCUUUCAUGUUGUGGAACCUUUUCAUUUGUGAUUUUUUCAAAUACAUCUUUUUCGAUAAAACACAUCAAAUUAGAGCCGUUGAUUUGCAUGAUAUUCUGAUAUUGUUUUUCAUGGUAGAUUAUCCAAAUCAUCUAAUUCACUUUGAGAUGAUGACGAUGGAGUUUUUCUUUUCAAAAGUAUCAAAAAAUUUCCAUAUGUCUGCAAAUAAAAAAAAAAUAUUACUAUAAUAAUUUAUAGUUGGAUAAUUAGAAUCAAUAAAAAUAAACUAAAUUACUAUUUUAAAUACGAACCUACCAGCUAAGAAGAGAUUAGAAAAACUUAAAAUGAUACCUUGUUGAGUUUUGAAGAAGAAGACGGCAAAUUUUCAAAGAAAAUUCUAAUUCUAAAUUAAUGUAUUUGGGGUUUAGGUUUGUAAAUUAUUGAAGUUAACCCUGUUUUUGAUUUUUUCAAUUGUAGACAUUAUUUAUUUACGUUGGGCUUCAAUUAAUAUUAAUGAACACUUUACAGUUUAUCAAGUAAUCAUUGGGCUAUAGUUUAUGGGGUAUCAAAACUAAAUUUAAUGGGAAAAUACACAGGAAAAAAAUUCACAAUUAAAGGUGUGUCAAUUGCACCCCCAUCAACAUACCUAGGUCCGCCUCUGCAAGCAUCCAAAUGAGAAAAAGACCUAAGACUUACAACGUAACUCUAUCAAGUAUCUUUUCAUUAUAGAUAUAGCACGAAAUUUCAAUAUAAUUUUAAUUAUAUAUCAUAUAUAUAUUACAACUUUAUGCCGCCAAAGGAAAGUUUCAAUAAUUCUUCCAUCAUUUGGAAAAUUCUUCUAAACUACUACUGUAUUGCAUUCAAUAAUACAGUUGCGCCCUUUAUUACAUGUAGCUACUAGCUAGUAUUAUUUUGCUAUCCAAUAUAGAUUAUUAUUAUUCAAUGUUUAUGGUUAAAGGACUUUUUUUUGUUUGAUGAUAACCCAAGCUUGAUCGAAUCUGAAGACUCGAUUAAUUCUUUGGAGGCUGGCCUACCAGUGACAGAUAAACCAGAUUGCUCUACAUGGAAGUUAGACAUCCACACUAUAUGACCACACAAAUUGGUAAAUUUAAGUGAUAAGUUUUAAAUCUAAAUUUAAGUGAUAAGUUUCAAAUCUGGGACAUUUAGACCCAGAAAUCAUAGCUGAAAUCAUACGUCGAUGAUCUUUAUCGUUGCUGAAAUACGUCCGGUGUGGUUUUAAAGGACUAUUUUAGUGAGACUUUAAAGACUUCAUCAUAGCUGAAAUCACCCUUCUUGCUGGUAGCAAUGAUCAUGUUCAAAAUAUUUUGUCGAUGAUCUUUAUCGUUGUUGUCAUUGGCCUUGGCGUCUCUCUGUGUCUACCAUUGUUCCUUUCUUAUCUCACUAACAUUGUAGGACAAAGUAAGGCUUCGAAUGGUGACCAUCGUCCCGGCCCGCCCCGCAGUUAACAUUAACAAAAAACUCUACAUGUACUAUAUAUUUAUACAUUUUUAUAACUUUAAAACCGCACCACAGUUGAACCGUUUGUCCCACACCGUUCAAACCGCAGUCACGGAGCCUAAGUGUGAUAAUAUACAGAGUUGACCAGGCAGAUAAUGGAUAGUAAGUGGAGAAUGUUAAUGUGUUUGGUAUCAAUCUUUGUCACUGUUUAUUUUGCACAUCCAACUUCGUGCAUUUAAAAAAAAAAUACCUCGUGCAUUUGAUUGAUUCUUGUAUUGUUUGUUAUGAAUGUGUAUUUAUUGGGAUUAUAACGGCGAUUGCAGCUUUGUUAUAUCCAUUUUCUAAAGAAAAUUAAUAUAUAAGAAAAUCGGACGAAGUCGUCUUGCUUGACUACUAAUGUCGUCUCCUCAUUUAUAAUCUCAGUCUCCAAGACUCUAAGUAUAAUCUUUGCUUUCACUGGUAUAAAUAGAUUUUGACACAAUUUCUAGCAGCCUUGUUGACUGCAUUUAUAUACAUUUCGUCGUCAAUCUAUCAAACAACCAACUUUUCAAUUAUCAUAUUCUUACCAUGAAUCUAAACCAUAAUGUGAAAGUCAAACUAGAAUUGACAACUGAUUAUAACUUCACACCAAAAGUGUUUACUUAGUUGAAAAAUGUUAUUUGUCCAAAAAGUUAAAAAUGUUUAUUUGUUAAAAAUAUGUUUAUUUUGUUCAUUUUUUAAUAAAGAGGAUUACUAAUUAAUUGCUAAUGUAAACGCUAUGAAAUAAUACAUUUCAGAUUAUUUUUUUGACAAAGGAAAUACAUUUCAGAUUACUAAGUCUUCUACAGUUUGGAUCUUUUACAAACAAAAGAAAAACUAUUAUUCACUAUACGUCUUUCAGAAAAAAACUGUUAUUCAACUAUGAAGAUAUAGUAUCUACAGUACUCAAUGCUAAUUAUUUGUUUUCAUUUUCUGUUCGUAUUAUUCUAAUUUUCCGACUACAAAAUUACUAAUAGUCGUUAUUCAACUAGCUUGUCACACUAAUGCAUAUCACAUAUGGUUAAUAAAGAAAAUUAGUUAGUUAAAAGCAAAAUACGUAAUUAGUAAUUUUUUGCUGUGAUACUUGGGUUAGUGCUCAUAGAAAAUUAUGGUAUUUAAUUAAAUAAGUGUCAAAUUCUGAUUAGGUAUAAGUAUAACAAAAAAAAAGAAAAAUAUAUAUAUAUAUAGAUAUUAGUAAUUUUUUGCUGUGAUACUGGGGUUAGUGCUCAUAGAAAAUUUUGCUCUUUAAUUAAAUAACUGUCAAAUUUUGAUUAGGUAUAACAAAAAAUAAAUAAAUAAAUAUAUAUAUAUAUAUAUUCAUUCUUUUUUACAUGAUAAUUUGUAAAUAACUUAUCCAUCAACUUUGAACACCAGUUGUGUAUAAUAUUUUGCCAGGGAGAAUAUUAUUUAGUGUAUUUAUAAAUCUAAAAUAAUAUAUGUUAUUUUAAUAUUAUUGCACUCUAAACUGGACUCCAGGACCGUUGUAUUGUUGGGGAAAAAAGUCGGUAACUGAAUCUGUCUUAAAAAUGUAAAAUAUCAAAAUACAUUUCAAAUCCAAAUUUUGCCACUGCAAUUAAAACGGCAGAACUAGGCAGUCUAAAAGUUCCUAUUUACAGAAACGAGUAUAUUGAAAUUACUCCACAUUGUCAUUGAUACUUUGAUAGUAGUAAGUUUCGGGACACGUACUUUUAAUACACAUUAAGGUCCAUAUACAUGUACAUCUAACUUUGUUGGAGUGGGAGAUGAAUUAAAUACAUACUAGGAGAGAGAGAGAGAGAGAGAGAAAGAUUAAGUAAAGACAUACUAGGUGUUUAGAACAACAGACGGAAGAGAAGGUGAAGAAAUACGAAGAAACGCACGCAGAAGGUGUGAGACAAAGUGUUUACUAAUGAAAGAUUAAUACGUAAUCCUCUACUCAAACCACAUUCGGUUGGUGGACGUUGAGAUGACUCAAGAUAACUUCACUCUCUUGCAUGUAUUUAAUUUAAUUUGUGGGUUACUUGUCUCCUCCCUUGCUUUGCUCAGACUCACAUUUUAAAGUUCUCUUUAAUUAUAAUUCAUAGAACCAAACUACGAAAUUAAAAUUGAGUGCUAGACAUCAAAAGAAAUGUGGUAUAGGGAAUAUCUCUUAGCAUCUAUAUAUAGGUAAUAGUCGAUCUAGAUAUUAUGAAUGAUUUAUAGCAUAUGUGGUAAUCACUUUGCAUAGCCAAACAAAGAAAAUGAGCUCAAUUCUGUUUUAGCCUCUUCUUUUGCUAUACUUAUAUUUUUCUUUUUGAAAAUUAGCAUAUAUCAGUAAUCAACGACUUUUGAUCCCAUAUCGAAGCUUUAAAACAUAAUUUAAACCAAGCAAAGUAUAUCAAUAUUUAUAGUAAAGCAUGUCUAAUUUUUAAUCAUGAUAUAUUUGUGACUGGUCAUAUUUUUGAUUUUUUUUUACUAUCUGUGAUAAUUUAAUGAUUUUUAAAAAUUAGUCACAAACGCAUCGUGACUAUUUCGUAGUUAUACGAUAAAUUUUUACAAGCGAACUCACAAAAACGUUGUACUAAAGAGAGAAACAAAAACUCCAAAAAGAAGGAGGAUAGGUUAUGUGUCCAGCCGAUAUGAAAACACAACAUGUUCAUGUUCGCGAGAUAAGAUUCGACAACUCAACAAUAGAAGAAAAAUAAGUAUCGACAAUGCUAUAAAUACUACAAUUACAUAAUGGUAAACCGCAGACUUGUUGUAAGAAAGCUUCUUUGUGUUUUAAUAAAGGAGCAAGUUAAGACUUCUUCCACAUUGCAUAUCCAUUUACAUCAACAUCAACGCGUCCCCACUUAUCUCCUAAAUCCCAAGUCACAAAAUUCACCGCAAACUUGGGCUGUAGAAAUAAGUAUAUUUAGUUUUGUUUAUUCUAAAAUAUAAAAGUUCUCACCAAACAAAAAAAAAAAAUUCAACGGUGAUGUAGAACCCACUGAAAGGUUCAGAGCUGUCGUUUCCUCAUCCAUUCUAAUGAUCUCUCUUAUAUAAUCCCCUUCACACUCGCCACCAUAUUCUCAUGCAUCUUACUCAUUUCAUCAUCUCUUACUAACCCAAAAAACAAACACACAAACAAAAAAUAAAGAAAAUAAUAAAUAUUAUGGAUCUUCUCCUUCUCUUGUUCUCUAUUCUUCUCUCAUAUCUCUUCUUCAAGAUCUGGAAACUCAUAGACUCAAAGAAAGACAAAGACUGCUACAUCUUAGACUACCAAUGUCAUAAACCAUCGGACGACCGAAUGGUGAGCACUCAGUUCAGCGGAGAAAUCAUUCACCGAAACAAGAACCUCGGUUUAAACGAAUACAAGUUCCUUCUGAAAGCCAUCGUAAGCUCAGGGAUUGGAGAACAAACCUACGCUCCAAGACUCGUCUUCGAAGGCCGAGAAGAGCGUCCUUCAUUACAAGAUGGGAUCUCGGAGAUGGAAGAUUUCUACGUAGAAAGCAUCGGAAAACUCCUGGAGAGACAAAAAAUCUCACCUAAAGAAAUCGACAUCCUCGUAGUCAACGUCUCCAUGCUCUCCACAAUGCCUUCUUUAGCUUCAAGAAUCAUAAACCAUUACAAGAUGAGGGAAGACGUCAAGGUCUUCAACUUGACCGGGAUGGGAUGUAGCGCGAGUCUAAUCUCUGUAGACAUUGUGAAGAACAUUUUCAAGAGCUACGCAAACAAGUUAGCUCUUAUUGCUACCUCCGAGUCUUUAGGCCCUAAUUGGUAUAGCGGAAACAACCGUUCGAUGAUUCUAGCGAACUGCUUGUUCCGGUCCGGUGGCUGUGCUAUUCUUUUGACUAACAAACGUAGCUUGAGAAAGAAAGCUAUGUUUAGGCUCAAGUGUAUGGUGCGGACUCACCAUGGAGCUAGAGAGGAUUCUUACAACUGUUGUAUCCAGUCCGAGGACGAACAAGGCCGUGUAGGGUUUUACUUGGGGAAGAAUCUACCAAAAGCGGCGACUCGAGCUUUUGUAGACAAUCUCAAGGUCAUAACACCCAAGAUUCUUCCAGUAACCGAGCUCUUGAGGUUCAUGCUAAAGCUACUCAUCAAGAAAAUCAAGAUGCAUCAAAACCCUAGCAAGGCCUCCAUGAAUCUCCCACCGGUGACUCCUAUAAAGGCAGGGAUCAACUUCAAAACCGGGAUCGAACAUUUUUGCAUUCAUACCGGAGGAAAAGCUGUGAUUGAUGGGAUUGGACAUAGCUUGGAUUUAAGCGAGUAUGAUAUUGAACCGGCGAGGAUGACUCUUCACCGGUUUGGGAAUACAUCGGCUAGUAGUUUGUGGUAUGUUUUGGCUUAUAUGGAAGCUAAGAAGAGACUGAAGAGAGGAGAUAGAGUGUUUAUGAUAAGCUUUGGAGCUGGUUUUAAAUGCAACAGCUGCGUUUGGGAAGUUGUGAGAGAUCUCACCGUUGGAGGAUCAAAAGGGAAUGUGUGGAAUCAUUGCAUUGAUGAUUAUCCACCUAAAUCGAUUUCGAAUCCUUAUUUGGAGAAGUUUGGUUGGAUUCAAGAUGAAGAACUUGAUACUUUCAAGAUCCCUGACGGGUUUAUGUAAAACGUUUCCGCACAAAAACGCAAACGCGAAAAUAACACAAAAGGUGACAAUAUUUUCUUCUUCUUCUUCUUCUUCUUUUUUCCUUUUCCCCUUAGUUAAAUUUUUACGUAUUUUAUUAUUUAAAAGAAUGGGAUUGGAACAGGGAUAUGAAUGCAUGUAAAAGAAACUUCGAUUUCAUUUUGCUUGAUAUAAUUUUUUUGUGUAAUAAUUUGUUAAUUUUACACUGUUAUAAUUAGGGCAAGCACUUCCAGUAAGAUGAGGAAUUUUACUAAUUUGCCAUCAUAUUGGAAUGCUGGCCUCUUUUUCGUAUGUUAUGAAUUUAAUAUUUUUGUAUUAAUGUUCAUUUCCACUUUAAUUUGUACUAUUAAUACUUCGCAUUUA